AGGAUUACUUUCACAAUUGGUGCCACCAAAGCAGUAAACUCCUCCUCCAGUGCAUACAGUAUAAUAACCUUUAACUCAACCUGUCUUUGCUCUUCAUGAAUCCUCCUCAUCACAGGUUCCUAAUCAUCUGAGAGACCUUCACUGGUUUCCGUUUCAGACUUCAUGAUGAACACAGAUGUACUGGUCCAGCCAGGAUGUCCAGCCAUCUACCAAAAGAAAACAAAAAAAGGGAACUUUGGCACUGUGACCAGAGUCACUAUUGGUGAAAAAAUACUGAACAGACCAAAUAAAACCAUCUUGCUUGUUGGGGAGACUGGAGCAGGAAAAUCUACUCUGGUCAAUGCGCUGUUCAAUUAUGCCAUGGGAGUUAAGUGGGAGGAUAAGGUUUGGUAUAGGAUUGUGGAGGAAGGGAAUGAAACGUCAACAUCUGAUGUGAUGGUGUACGAGAUCUUUGAGUAUAAAACUCUGCCCUACUCUCUGACCAUCAUCGAUACUCCUGGUUAUAGAGAUACAGUAGGACUUAAAUAUGAUGUUAUCAUCAAUCAAAGAUUGUUUGACUUGUUUCGGUCAGAGGAAAGGAUCCAUGAAGUUCAUGCUGUCGGUGUGGUGAUGAAAGCAACAGAAAACAAAAAGAAAAACCAGCUGUCAUAUGUCUCAGAUUCAGUGAUGUGUCUGUUUGGUGGAGAUUUGGAUAAAAAUACCGUAGGUCUUAUCACACACUCUGAUGGGACCUACAGUUUAGGAAGAGGCCCUCUUUACUUAACAUUUAAUAACCGUCAAACUGAGGCACGCACAAAGGAAACUAGCUCAGAUCUAGAAGAAGCAUGGAGAUUGGCAGAGAAUGGAAUGAGCCAAUUCUCAGAUUUUCUUCAAAAGAUCUCAGCAGAGCAGCUGCAGGUAAAUGUUACAUUUGACUCAUUCAUCAGAUCAACAGCCUCUAUCCACAACAUGCAAGAGAGAAUCAGACUAACUGAAUUGAAACAGAAAGAAAUCAAACAGAUUCAAGAGGCUCUGAAGAAACACAAACAAGAGAUUAAGAUGAACAAGAAGUUCACUAUUGAGGUAGAGGAAGUCUACAAAGUUAAAGAACCCCUUGAUGGUGAGAAGGCAUUCUUUAAAGCAGCUGUCUGCUGCACCGUCUGUGAGGAAAACUGUCACUAUCCUGGAUGUACGAUUGCCCCAAACCCUGAAAAGUGUGAGGUCAUGAAAUCAAACUCUUGCACUGUUUGUAGCGAGAAAUGUUCCGUUUCAAAACAUGUUAGAGUAGACUGGAAGUAUGUCACCAAGACUAGGAAAGUGCAGAUAACCAAAGAGGAAUGUAAAAAGAAGUACUUAAAGCAUAUUACAGAUACAAAGAAGCAGGAAAAAUUUAAAGAAACUCUUGCAAAGAAAAUAGAAAGCUUGAACAAGGAAAAGGGAUGUUUGAUAGACAAAUCUUAUGAUCUUGCCGUCAAACUGGAUCCAACUCUCCUUAAAGUGAACUCAGUUUCCACGUACAUCAAUUUGGACUACCUGAUUAAGAAGAUUAAGGAAAGUGGAGAUAAAGAGAAGCUGCAUGCACUAGAAAUGAUAGAUGCCCAAAUGGAUGGAGGAGCCAAAUCAGUCAUUGAGUGCAAGUUUGACAACACUUCUCUACAAUAUAUAAAAUCCAACAGUGUUGCCCUCAAACCAGGACCCCCUGCUGUCUACCAGCUUAAAACAAGAAAAAUAACCUCGGGGACAGUGUCUAGAAUGACUUUUGGCAAAAAGAAACAAAACAAACCAAAUAAAACCAUCUUACUUGUUGGUGAAACAGGAGCAGGAAAAUCUACUCUGAUCAAUGCUAUGGUCAACUAUGCCAUGGGAGUGAAGUUUGAGGAUAAAGUUUGCUUUCAGAUCGUAGAAGACGAGAAUAGAAAUCAGGUAGAGAGUCAGACAUCAGAUGUUACUGUAUAUGAGGUCUUUGGUUUUGAAGGUAAAACCCUUCCCUUCUCUCUGACCAUCAUCGAUACGCCUGGCUUUGGAGACACCAGAGGCUAUGAUCGUGAUGUCAUUGUCUGUGAGAGAUUAUUUGACUUGUUUCGAUCAAGCGAUGGCAUUCACAAGCUUGAUGCCGUGGGUUUGGUGCUGAAGUCAAGUGUUAACCGUCUCAGUGACCGACUGAAGUACAUUUUCAAUUCAGUGAUGUCUCUGUUUGGAAGGGACAUAGAGAAAAACAUUGUAGCGCUGGUUACUCACUCCACUGGAAGAAAACCAAAUGAUGUGCUUAAGGCUCUUGAAGCUGCAAAUAUUAAGUGUGCAAAAGAUGAAAAGAAACAGCCAGUUUACUUCCUGUUUAACAACUGCCAACAUGAGGAGAGAACAGGGGAACCAGAAUUCUUUGAAUAUGCUGAUAGAGUAGCAUUUAGAGGGCUGAGUGGCUUUGCUGCCUUUCUGGGUAACACUGAGCCUCAAAAACUAGGCAUGACCUUGGAAGUUCUCAAUGAACGUAUCAGACUGUCCGCCUGCAUCCAAAACCUGGAAGAAAAGAUCAAACUGUCUGAGCUGAAACAAAAAGAGAUUAAACAGAUCCAAGACGCUCUGAAGAACUAUGACGAAAACAUGACCAAAGAUGACACGGUCACUGUAGAAUAUAAUGAGGCCUACAAAGACAAAGAAGAUAUUGAGGGAGAGAUGUGGCUGAUGGUUUUAGUCAAAGGAGCAGUUUGCUGUACCAUCUGUGAGGAGAACUGCCACUAUCCUGGAUGUUCAAGUUCUAAAAGCCCUGAGGACUGUGAGGUGAUGAAAGAUGGCAAGUGCACCGUUUGCACUUUAAAGUGCCCAGUGUCAGCUCAUGUGAAAGGGAAGUGGAGAUAUGUGAACAGGACAAAGAAAGUUCGGAAAAGUCUGGAUGAGAUUAGAAGUAGAUCAAUACGAGAACAAGGUUUGAAUUUUUUGGGACACCUUGACAAAGACAUGAAAAAGCUUCGCACAGAGAAGUCACAGCUGCUGAAUGAGUGCUAUCAACAUGUCAACAAACUGGAAAAGAUUGCCUUGAAUGUUAAUUCUGUCUCGACAUUUGUUGACUAUGAUUUUCUCAUUAAAAAACUAAAGGAAAUAGGAGAGGCAAACAAGAUUCAAAAACUGGAGGAAAUGAAAAACAAAGGUGAUGAACGGACCAGAAUCAAGAUCAAGAACGUCUGGGGAAAAGUCAAAUCAGCCGGCAAAAAAAUUCAAACGGUGUUACAGUGUUAAAAGCCAGGUUUCUUCAAAUCCAGUCUUUGCAGUCUAAUGUCCUGUACUUUUUAGAUGCGUCUCUGUUUCAACACAUCCAAAUCAAAUGGCUCAACUGCCUGAUCAGUAUGCAGUGGAGUUUUAUUAACGACUUGAUUAUUUGAAUGUACAGUGUUUUGAAGUAAAGGUAUUUCUAAAAAGGAUAGAACGCCACACCUCCAGGGCUGAUAGUGAAAAACAG